AUGGCCAAGUCCCAGCUCUGUGAGGGCACGUUAAAGUACACGAAACGCAGGCCGCCGCCCUCCCAGAAGAACCGCGCGCCCAAGUUCUCGCCCGCGACGCCAGUCAACAUCCACCAACGAGCCUAUCAAGUUAAACCGAGGACCGCUUUUCAAUUUUCCAAACGAGCGCACACGUUCCCAUAUUUCCCGCAAAACACCGUCUUUGUGGUGCACCCGCCCCGACAGUCCAGGACAAAGGAGACCAGGCGCGGAUACACCUCGAGUGGGUCAGAAAGCACCAUGACUAGUCACGUCGAGAUCGUCACCACCCCGACGGCGGAUACGGCCGGUGCCACCCUCUACAUACAUUUCGACAAACGCCGCUACCUUGUUGGCCGGAUUUCGGAGGGUACGCAGCGGGCCUUUAACCAGCGCAAGCUGGCGGCUUCCUCGCUCGAGCAGAUCUUUGUCACGGGAGAAGUGAACUGGGAUACCGUCGGCGGGCUCACCGGUCUUCUUUUAACGAUCUCAGAUGUUGUCGCUGGUUCGAGGGAAGCGUUGGCGGAGCAAAAUAGGGAGCGCAAGGCCAAGGGUAGGAGCGAGCUCGCCAACGACGUCAUGCAGCGGCUCGACAUCCACGGCGCCGAAAACUUGACCUACUCUCUUGCUACGGCCCGAAACUUCAUCUUCCGCACCGGCAUGCCGUUCAAGCCAUAUGAGCUCCACGAGGACAGGAGGUUGGCUACCAGCGAGGCCUCGGGCCCGGAUUGGGAAGAUGAUUGCCUCAGGGUGUGGAAGAUUCCACUAUACAAGCAGUCGCCGUCUAAAAGGAGGCGGGUGGCUGGUGACAGUCGGGCAACUUCGGAAGACCUGCCCCAGGCGGCCCAGGAUCGCACAAUGUUAUCCGAUCUGGUGGAAAGCAUGUUCAACUCUGACUGGCGGUUCGACGCCCUCGUGCCUUCGAAACUCCAUAGCAUCGUGCGCCCCGCCCAAGCUUUUAUCCGCGACAGCAACGGAUCGAUACAGAGAUACGAAGGAGCAUUUUUGGGCGAGCAGGAAAAUGUGCCAGACAUAGAUGUCCUUGUGAGGGAGCCAUGGCCAGCGACCAAAGUCCACACGCUGCCGCAGACUCAACCUUCUGCGCAGUCCAUGUGCUACCUCUUCAAGAACCACGCGAGGAGGGGGAAGUUCAAGGCCAAUAUUGCGCUUCAGCUAGAGUGA